GCCCGCCGCGGCAGGACCCCGCCGGGCCCGAGCGGCCAGGCCCAGGCCCAGGCCCGGGCCCGGCUGGCGGGGCCCGCGGGCAGCUGCCGCACGGCCGCACCGAGCGGCACCAGCCGCAGCAUGGCCCGUUCCGGGGACAUCGGAAGUACCGGAGCCACGUGGUCUCCUGGCGGCGCUGCCUCUGAGCCAGCACGGCAGGUCCCCGCCGCUGGGGCGGGCUGCCUCGCUUUACGGCCCGGCCGCCGCCGCACGACAGUUUCCGUUCCCUCGUCGCCCUUCCCCUCAACAUGGCGUCGGGCAGCGGGACCAAGAACUUGGACUUCCGCCGAAAGUGGGACAAAGAUGAGUACGAGAAACUCGCAGAGAAGCGGCUCACGGAAGAGAGAGAAAAGAAAGAUGGCAAACCAGCUCAGCCUGUCAAAAGGGAACUUCUGCGGCACCGAGACUACAAAGUGGACUUGGAAUCGAAGCUGGGGAAAACCAUUGUCAUCACCAAAACCACCCCUCAGUCAGAGAUGGGAGGGUAUUACUGUAACGUAUGUGACUGUGUGGUGAAAGACUCCAUUAACUUCUUGGAUCACAUCAAUGGCAAAAAACACCAGAGAAAUCUGGGCAUGUCCAUGCGGGUGGAGCGCUCCACGCUGGACCAGGUGAAGAAACGCUUUGAGGUGAACAAGAAGAAGAUGGAGGAGAAGCAGAAGGAUUAUGACUUUGAGGAGAGGAUGAAGGAACUCCGUGAGGAGGAGGAGAAGGCCAAAGCCUACAAGAAGGAGAAGCAGAGGGAGAAGAAGAGGCGGGCAGAGGAAGACCUGACGUUUGAGGAGGAUGAUGAGAUGGCGGCUGUGAUGGGUUUCUCUGGUUUUGGCUCAACCAAAAAGAACCACUGAGCAGCUCUGGACUCUCCUCUUUCUUGAAACAGAUUGUUUUUACCCAGGGGAUUCUGGAUAACUCUUAAAAAAGACUUGAUUGAGGACUUGUAUGUAAAUCUCCCAGUAGAAAUGGGUUGGAGGAGGCGAAAAGCGAUUCCAUGCUCUACCUGUGCUGCAGAACAAGCUCCGCCUGUCGUUAGCUUCCCAUCUCCUUCUGUGUCCUAGAUCUGGCUGCUCAGCACUGCUCCAUGGCCUUGUGUGUGCAGGGAAGUGUUCUGCUGGGUACAGUUUUGUGUCAGAUGGCCUGGUUCAGGAGCAAUCUCGUUGUCAACCAGGCAGGGGUGUUGCGGGCCCGAGUUGUUCUGGUUGUCAACCAGGCUGUGUGUUUGCAGCACAGGGAGUGAUUCGGGCUCUCUUUGGAUCAUGUAGCUGAAGGGAACGUGCUGCAGUGAGCAGUGUGGAGUGGUGCAACCUGCAUCUUCACAGCUUGUGCUGGGCAGAGCUGGUGGCUGCAUGGAGUCUGGGUCACCCAACCUUCCCUGUGUUUUACCCGCAAGGGAUUCCCUCCCAGCUUUUCUUUGUGUUUCGUCCCGUAACUUUGGUAUCUUUAAGGCAGGGGAGAAUUUCCUCCCCACAACUGAUCUGGGAUAGAGCCGAUGAAAGAAAGACGUGCAAUUUGCCAGAAAUAAAUGGAUUGUUUUAAUGGGCC